AUGUUUAGUGCACCUGUUACAGCAAUUAAAAUACUUCCCACGCAUCGUGUUUGUCUAGCGGGAACGGGUCCUUAUGUCGUCGCGUUUGAUUUGACAACUAAUCAACAACUAUUACAGGAAAAGAUUUUGAUCGAUUCCAUUGUUCACGGAUUCGAAAUACGAGAAAUUAUUCGUGAAACCAACGAUAUUUCUUACAUCGUUGUCGUUUUUGGUCAACGAACCUUUUCCAUUAUCGAAUGGUCGUCAAAAUCUUCAACUGAAUUGAAAACCAUCCUUCCUCAGACACGAUGUCCCUCUUGGAUACUAAGUGCACUCAUCGUUUCAAUCGAUAUUUCAAGUCAAUCGUUGACAAUACUAUUCGGUACUGCAUUGAAUCAAAUCUAUCGUUAUAAAGAAACAUUAGAAUUAAUUCAGUCGUUGAAUUAUACAACGUUGUACUCAUCAUGUCUUUUCCGUCAUAUGAAUGAUAGGAUCAUAUUUGCAGCGGGAACAGUGUUUGGUGAAUUAUUUCUCUAUGAAAAAGACUCCAAUGAUUGUUUUCAUGAAAAAAUCGCUAUUUCAGAUCAUAAUGGUGCUAUUUUUGGUAUAACUUAUUAUUCGAAUCUUCUCUGUACGGUUGGCGAUGAUCGCACAGUGAAGCUCUAUAAAUUCAAUGAUUCACUACAACAAAUAGCUUCGUUCUUUGCACAUGAAGCUCGUAUAUGGCAAUCGUCAUUGACAUCGACGCAUAUUCUUACAUGCGGCGAAGACUGCUCAAUACGGUUUUGGUCACAUAAAUCGACAGGUGAACUGCUACGAAGUUUUUCUGUUCAUCGUUGCAAAAGUGUUUGGUGCAUGGAUAUUUUACGAGAUGAUCAAAAUGAGAAACCGUCGAUUAUUAUCAGUGGUUGGAGUGACGGUGCUGUUCGCCGUCAUCAUGUGGAUGACGUUCCAAUAGAUUCUCAUGAGACGUUGCCGUUAAAUUCAACUGUGCCUAAUGAUUUUCCACGAAAUGUGGCUUUUCUGAAUUCAUUAACGAUGAUCGUUCACAUGAACAGUGGACAACUACUAACGAUUGACAAGAAAGAUGUUUCGUUGUUUUAUGAUGGCUGCGAAACAUUAAAAAAUAGCUAUGCAAAGAUGAGUAUUACUAAACAGGGUAAUGAAUGCUUGGCAGUUGGUUCAUUAACUGGCGGUGUGUUUAUCUUCGAUCGACAUGGAACAGUGACUAAUACAAUUCAAGUUGAUACCAAUCGAAAUAAUAAAAUUUUGCAGAUAUUUUGGCUAAAUAACACAUUAGGAAACAAACUGUUGAUUUGUAUUCCUGAUGGGAUUAUGAAACCGUGCGCUACUAAGAAUAAGGAACUUAUCUACGAUAUAUCAACUCAACCAGCAAAAGUUGAACGUCGUCUAGAAGAUCUACCUGAUUUCGAGCAACGCUGGCCAAAUACAUGCUUGUACCUCGAGCAAUCCAAUUUGUUACUAUUAGGUGAUCGACAAGGAAAUCUUCUUUCCUAUGAUUUACAUACCGGUGCUAUUCACCAAAAAUUCGAGCGUCUACACGGCAUCAACGGCACAUCGUUCAUUGAUAUCGAUCAAACUAGCAAUCUGAUUCGUUCCUGUGGCCGAGAUGGUUAUGUGAACUUAUUCUCAUUAAAUCCUGAACAACGACAGUUAGUUCAUCAAUCAACGUUUACAAUUACAUCAGAUAUAACCUGGCUUGAUCAACUUAGACAUCAACCAUCGGUGAUAACAUGUUUUACCACGAAUCAUUUUUGUCUUUACACAUUCGACGAGCAAAUGAAACGCUGUCUAAUGCAGGUCGAAUGUGGCGGGGGUCAUCGAAAUCAUGAUUUUUAUCUUGAUGCGAACUUCAAUGCCCACUUUGUUUAUAUACGGAAUAAACGAGUGUAUUUAGCGAAAAAAAAUCUUACGAGAAUAUUCAAUGAAGCCACAUGUUUAUCAGAAAUGCCACCUACACAUGGAACGGAAAUUCGUUGCGUCAAAUUGUUUCAAUCGAACCAUCAACUGUAUAUGAUGACUGGAAGUGAAGAUACACAAAUAAAAUUAUUUUCGAUGCAGAGCGACAAAUCUCAAGGCAAAUGUGAACAUAUUUCUACACUACAAUCGCAUCUCUCAGCUGUUUGUGACAUUGUUGUUAUUGAUAAGUUCUUCUUUUCAUGUGGAGCACGUGCUCAACUCUUUGCAUGGCAAAUGAAGAAUAAUAUAGUUAUUCGAUCUGGUUAUUUUAUGCUUCAUCCAUUACGACGACGUCAUGGUGGAGGUGGAACGAUACAUGACGACAGUAGAAAAGAUGUCAAUGAUGAAGAUCAUGGAUUAGACGUUAGAUUUACUAGUGUUGCAGCCGUUGCUGAACAUAAUCAUGAAAGUUAUGUGAUCUUCGUCACUGCAUCCGAUGCUGUUUUACGUGUUUUCCGAUAUACAGCAUCAACAAACCGUUUUUCUUUAAUUCAAACAUGUUCACACUCGGAUUAUUGUCAACUGCGUGUAAAAGUCUACCCGACACAGUACAUUGUAUUUGUUUCGUCCACGGAUGGUCUCCUCUGUGCAUACGAUUUCUCAACUACGGAUAAUCCUAUUCGCUCGACAAGUAUUAAACUUCAUCAAUCAGGAAUUAACGAUUUUGAUUUAACUGAAAUCCAUUCCAACAAUCUUCUUCGAUUAGCAAGUGUUGGCGAUGAUGGCUCAGUACAUGUUUCUACUUUUGAUAUAACAAAUUGGGUAUGGAAACGAGAAUACUCAAAAGAGUGUACGCAUCAAUCACCAGCUACUGGUAUUCGGUUCGUAGAUUCAACGAGGUUUGUAUCCAUAGGUAUUGAUCAACGAUUGAAACUAUGGAUUAUUGAUGACAAAAAUAAUACGUUGGAAUUAGCAGUGAAGUAUUUAGUGGAUAUACGUGAUAUUCUUUCGAUGGAUAUGAUUUUUUGUGAGAAGAAACGAGAAUUUGUUUUUGUUGUUGUCGGAGCCGGUGUUCAAACGAUUCGAUUUGAUUCAGUGAAUUGCUUGUUUCAUUCCUAA